GUGCCGGCGCCGCCCAGCCUGGGCCCCACAAGCGCUCGCUGCUGCUGGAGCAGUUGCCCCCCCCCGCGCUGGCCGCGCUCUUCACGAGGCUGGAGCAGCGCAACCUCAACCGCGUCCGCCUUCGGGACCUCCGCAGCUUCUCGCGGCUCGGGGGCGCCGGGGGCAGUGCCGCGCUCCGCCGCGUGGUGGCGCUCAGCAACGCCCAGGCCCGCUGGGCGCAGCUCCUCGUGCUCGGCCCCACCGCGGCCCCACAGAGAGCCCGAGCCAUGGCCCGGCUCCUGCAGCUCGGGCAGAGCCUGCUGGAGCUGCGGAACUUCAAUUCGCUGCUGGCCGUGGUGGGGGGGCUGGGCCACGGCUCCAUCACCCGCCUGAGGCAGACCCUGGCGCUGCUGCCCCCCCCCGUCACAGAGCUGUGGUCGCGCCUGGCCGAGGCCGUGGGCGCUGGGGGCAAUUACCGGCGGUACCGGGCGCUGCUGGCGGCGGGGGCGGCCGUGCCCGCUCUGGGGGUUCACCUCCGGGACCUGGUGUCGCUGGAGGCGGCGCUGCCGGACUGGGCCGGGCCCGGGCGCCCGCACCCGCACAAGCUGCGGCAGCGCUUCGGCAUCCUGCGGGAGAUGCGCGGGGCGGCACCGCCGUUGGGACCGCUACCGGCACCGCACCGGCACCUCCUGCGGCUCCUGCGGGUGUCCCUGGCGCUGGGGCCCACGGAGGCGCAGCUCUAUGAGCUCUCACUGCAGCGCGAGCCCCGCACGAGCACCAGCGCGGGGCCCCCCCUGUCUCUGCCCCCCGCUGUCCCCAUGGACGAGUGGCUCCUGCCCGACCCCCCCCGGCCGGACCCGGCCCGGCUGCGGCCGCCGCUCGAGCGGCUCGUGGGGGGCAUCUUCCGGGACUUCGACGUGGACGGGGACGGGCGAAUCUCGCAGGAGGAGUUCGCGAUCGUGGGGCAGAGCUUCCCGCAGCUGCGGAUCUGGGGGGAGCUGGACACGGACGGGUGCGGACCCCCCAAAGGGACCCCCCGAAAGGACCCCCCAAAGGGAACCCCAAAGGGACCCCUCAAAGGGAACCCCUUAAAGGGACCCCCCCAAAGGAACCCU